AUGGACUCUACUGAAAGCUUAAUAGGUAUGCGAAGGUUGCUUGAAAAUCUGCUCAGUCCCGAUAACAGUGUCCGGAUUCAAUCAGAAUUAGAGUUUAAACAUUUUAUGGAAUCUGAUGCAAAUUCUCUUUCCUAUUUGUUGAUUCAAACUGCCUUGGAUGAUUCUCUAGCAUUGGCAACGAGACAGUCUGCCUUGCUACAAAUUAAAAGAAUUGUUCCAUUGGUGUGGUCUCCAGCAUUUGACAAAUUUGUUGGGCCUACGCCAAUCAACCAGAAGAUUAAGGGGAUCUUAAGAAACUCCUUGUUGAAAUUGGUUGCUGACCCUGACUCCAAGAUCAGAUCGAGUGCAUCCUACGCAAUAGUUCAGAUAGCCGCAGUUGACUAUCCAGAUGAAUGGCCUGAAUUAUUGGGCCACCUGUAUGAUUCUACCACCAACCCGGAUUCGUCCAUGUUCAACAUUAUUGGUUCACUAUCAGUUUUGCAGGAGAUCUUUGAUGAUGUUGUAACCGACCAACAAUUCUUUGAAGGUGGAGUUGCAAUCCAAGUUUUAAAAACUUGUGAAACCCUGCUUCAGAAUAAAUUCAAUAGUGCCGAAGUUAAAGUGGAAACUUUACGUUUGUUGAAGUCAUUAUGCCAGUCUUUUGACAAUGCAGAUUUUGAUAUCAACGGCAGAGAACAGUUCUGCAAUUCUGUAAUACCUCAAAUUUAUCAAUUAGUUAUAUCUACUUCGAAAAACGUAUCUGCAGAACCUUUUGUUAACAGUUUGACAGCAUGGGAGCUAAAAUAUGAAACAUAUUACAUUUUAGACUAUUUUAUGAACAGUUUCUCAAACUUAUUAGAGUCAUUUGCGUCCGCUUCAUUUAACCUACUACUUCAAGAUUUUUCUGUACAAAGUGAAGUUUACCAACAACUAUUAAUGUCCGAUAUUGAUACUAUCGAAUUCGACAAAAUAUUUACAGACGUCAAACAAUUUUAUUCAUCCCAAAGAGAACGGAAAGAACCAUAUCCAUUUUUAACCACUUCAAUGAGUAAAGAAGUUGAGUUUAUGCAAACAUUAAUUGAAAUACAAAACGUUGACAAUCCCGUCCACUUGUCUAAUAUUCUGGAUUUAUUGGCUCAUGUUUCCAUUCUGCCGUCUUCAAAGAUUGAGGAUUACAAUUCAGAUUUUAACCAGUUUGUCACCGAUGAAUCUGGUCUGAAUGUUGAAAUCGCCAUCAGGGACAGUAUCCGAGAACUUCUCAGCGAUAUCAACGAAAACGCCAAUCAUAUUCUUAUCGACCUUCUCAUGGAAAAGUUGAACAAGUUAGGUGAUUUGAAAGCAAACCAACUAAAGGCUGAAACUAUAGUUUUUUUACUAUCAUGUUGUUUUGAAAAUGAUGAUACAAUUGUUCAAGCACCAAGCUUUGAUUUAGAAAAAUUCUUGAAUAGCUCCCUAAACCUAUUGUUAAGCGGAUAUAUUGUCUCAGAAGAAUUCCAGUUUUUGGCAGCACGUUUCAUCUUGAUGAUUCCAAGGUUUCUAUUUAAAUUUGCUAAUAAGUGCAAACAAUUCGGUGUCUCAGCAUUCACUAAAAUAUGCUCCGUCAUCUCAAAACUUGGCGGGGUUGAUGAUUUUUUCAUUGUCAAGUCAUCUAUAUUGAUCUCUUUGCAAUAUUAUAACUACUUUAUCCGGGCAAAAGAGUUUGGCACACUUGUUCAGAAUGAAUUACUUGGGUUGGUCACCCAAGUGUCCACAGAAGCUACAGAAGACACAAACAUGACCCUGUUAGAUGUAAUGACCAUUAUCAUAUCAAUAGACAACUUAGAAUUAACUAAAAAUUCGCACACUAUUGAGCUUAUCUUAACCAUUGGUUUCAAAAACGAUUCCAACUUUACAAUGAGUAGUGCAAUGUUUGAGUGCAUUGAAGACAUUUUAAAAGACAUCCCUAAACCAAAUUAUGACGACAUUGUAUCUUUCGUUUUUCCUUUUCUUCUACAAAAAAUAGUGGAGGUGAAGGAGGAAUACAGUUCAGACAUUGAUUUAUGUUUGCAAGUACUAGGCUCAUUUCUAAAAGUUAACUCAUCAUACCAAAUCCCAGGAGAAAUAUUCUACAAUACAUUUUCUGUUAUUAACAAAUUUAUUUUAGUAUGUCAAGACGAUGAGCUAAUUCAAUCAAGCACAGAAGCACUAAUUGAACUCGUAAGGCACUCGCCAGAGCUUUGUUCAAAGUUUAUUGAUCCUGAAACAAAGGAAACGGGCAUUCAAAUUUUACUUAGGAACACCGCAAAGUUGCUAUCGCCUGACAUGUCGGAUAGAGCCAUUGUCAAACUUGGCGAUUUGGUGAACUUGUUAAUCACCAAUUUUAAUCAAUCAAUAGGCUCAUAUCUUGAUGAAAUUCUAAGGGCAUUGACUGUAAGGUUGGUCCAUGCCACUGAAGUUCCAACCAUUGAAAACAUGAUUCUAAUUUUCAAUGCAUUAACUAUUUCACAACCCAGUUCCACCAUUAAUUUUCUUAAAAGUUUUAUGAUUGAUGGAAAACCUGCUUUAGUUAAGGUUUUACCACUGUGGUUUCAAGCUUAUGAAGUGAUGCGUGGCUAUGAUUCUAUCUUAUCGAAUGUCCGUGCAUUUAUUGAGAUAUAUAAGCUGAAUGAUAGAGAUAUUAAAGGUAUUGUGGUUGAUGGCGACCCGCUGCCACAACAAGUUCCUGAUGGGAUUAUAGUAACAAGAUCUAUUGCUAAAAGAAUGUCUAUCAAGUAUAAACAGAUUCCAGCAGAUGCUAAGAUUGUGUCUCUCCUACUUGAAGAACUUAAGAACGAAAUUACAGCAGGAGAUCAUGGUGCAGCAGUAGGACAUAUUCGUGACGUUGAUAAUGAUAAUGAUUAUGACGAUGUUGAUGAUGAUGAUGAUGAUGGUUGGGAAGAUGUGGAAGAUUUAGGAAGACAGACCUUGGAUCAGUUGAAAGACUACGUUGAUGAACAAAAAAGUCUAAAGCGUGACAGAGUUGGUAAUAAUGACGAUAUGAAGGAGCUUUUGAUUUCUUUCUUCAAGGAGUGUACUGUUCAGAAUACCUCUAAUUUCGAAGAUAUUUACAACCAAUUUAUGUCCGAUAAUCAAAGAAAACUUUUAUCAGAGUACUUACUCUUUGCGUGA